AGUCAGUAAUUUAAAACAGAGACAAAAACAACGACGACGAAAUACCUACCAAAUAAAGUGAACCUGGGCUUUUCCUUUUCUAAAAUAAGAGGAUGUUUACAGUUCAAACAGUUCACAGUAAUGAUGAGGAAGGUCAUCCCAUAAAUGUUCAGUUUGCAAAUGAGACCCCAUCAGUACAGGAAAUGACCUCACAUGACCUUGGAAAUCAUGGCGACCUUGGACAAGAUGAAGGGCAUACUCUGGAACAUAUUGAAGGUCAGUGCCAACAGUCCCUCGGUCAGACAGAUGUCACAUCAGUGCAGGGGAGCUACGUGUCUCUUCUUGCUGAUAUAGCAACCAUAGAACAGAAUGAUGAAUAUUCAGGCCAGCAGAUUGCCCAGGAUAUUUCAGAUACUGUAGACUAUGCAACUUCCACUUUUACUGGACAAGAGCAUAUUCAAGAACUUGCCUCUUUGCAAAAUGAAAAUCUUGUUUCAUACCAGUCUGUUGAAAAUCACAAUAUAGGGUACAGUCUCACAAAUCCAGUGGAAAGUGGUCCGGGUAUGCCACAGUAUGUUAUAAUUCAGCCGUUUCUUGGUGAUACGGGUGUUAAUGGUUCAAGUACAUUGAUUCAUUUGCCAAACACAGCAGAGAGUCUAGACAGCAAUAGAGAGCUGGAAGAUGCUGUAGCCAAUAUUACUGAGAAAGCUAUGGCAGACACAGAUGAAACACUAGAUGGCAAAGUAAUACCUGAUCAGAGCUACCUAGUUAGUACAAAUAGCAGAGGAGAGGUCAGAGAGAUACAAGUUGUAGAAGGUGAACAAAGCUGGACUGCUAAUGAGACAGAAGUGUCUACAAAUAAAAGGAAGGGUCGGCUUAAGGGUCUUGAUAAGGGUGUGAAAGGUAAACGAAAGAAAAGUGUCAUAACUGAAAAGAAAGAAUCAUCAUCACAUGUGAAAAAGUUUUCUCUGGAUGAUUUAAACAGUGCUGGGAAGUCUAAGAAGGAAGUAUUUGAAGAGUAUUUAGUAAAAAGUAAAGUUAGAAAUGAUAUGCAGACUGGUACAAAAGUAGACACAUUUGCUAGUGAUAUUGAAAAAUCAAGUUUUAAUGUUGAGUGUGGUAGAUCCGAUACCAAUUUGCAAGGUAUAAACACACUAACAGAGAAUUCAACAGAAAUAUUGAAUGCUGAGAUGGACAAAACAUCCGAUCUUGUGGAAAUAUUAAUUUUUAGUGACACGCAGUCUGCUUCAGAUAUUGACAAGGUAAAUGAAAUUUGUCAGUCUGAUUCUAGAGACAAAAGUUUGGAAUCACAAAUGAUGGGAAAUUUACAAAGAUCUGUGAAGGAAAAUGAAAGUGUUUCAGCUGUAGAGGAUAAAUUGGGAAGUGAAAAAGAUACAGCUAAAUUUUCAGUUGAUGCUGAGGAAAUUAAUAAAGAUUCAGUAAAAGAGAAAAAGUGUUUGAGAGUAGCUAAACAUCAGACUUCCAUAAGUAAAUCUAGAAUAUUAAGAAGCAGACAGGCACUGGACAAGAAUGUGACAACUCAAGUAAAAUUUACAGGGAAGGAGUCAGAAGAUCUAGAGACAAAUUUAUCAAAAGAAAAGGAUGUUGUUAGGUUAAAAAACAAAGGCACUACUUUAAAAAGAAAGAAACAUAUGCCUAAUUUAAAACAGUCUCACAAAUUACCAAAAAUGGAUGACUUAUGUGAAGAAAAAGAGCAAAUUGAAGAUGAACCUACAGAUGAUAAUAUUGACUGUAGAGUUCUAGAGGAUUUUUGCAGGUUUUUUAGAUCUGAAGAAAAGUGCAUCCUUCAUCUUGAACCUAUAACUUUAAAACUUGUUAAUCCAAACCAGCUAUUAAUGAUUGAAAUGGAUGUUCAGAGUGAUUUUAAUGUAAGUUCUUUAGAAAUGGGUGUAACUGCAGAUGGAUUGACAAAGUAUUAUGUAAAAUUUAGUGUUCCUGAAAAAUUUGCACUAGACAAUGUUGAAGAUAUCAGUAAUCCUGCAGAUGAAAAACAAAAGGUUGAAAGAAUAUGUAACAAAACCCAGAAACAGGCAUUGAAAUGUUUAAAAAGUUCUAGGCGGAAACAAAACAAGAAGACAAUAAAAGAAAAGAAUUUAGUUUCUGAUAAAGAUACAGGGAAAGCUUUAAGAUCAAAAGAAAAAAAUAGCCAAGAGAUUGAUGAAAAAUGUUGUAAUGAUUCAGAAAAUUUGGACAGUGAAAUUAAGGCAGAUGCUGUUAAUAACCAUGAUAAUAAUGAAAGCAAAGAUACACAACAAGUUGAAGAUGACCAUCGUGAAGAAAUUGAAACGGAAACACAUGAUGAUGCAGAUGAAUUGGAAACAAAUGAAGACACUGAUAUAAGUAAAAAUCAAACUAGUAAUGAAGGAAGUAAUGCUACAAAGUCUAAAAGGAAGAAGGAUGGGAAAUUAUCAGGAAAGAAGAAAUCCAAGGUUGAUAAAAGCAGUAGUAAAGACACAAAAGAAGAUUCAUCACAGAAGAAUUACACUGUAGUAGUGUCUGAAGAAGGGAAAAAGAUGUAUCAGUGUGAGCUGUGUGGGAAGGAGAUGUCUGUCAGGCAGAAUAUGGAUGUUCACAUCAAUCAGCAUACAGGAGAAAGACCCUGGCAGUGUGAGGUGUGUGGUCUGGGCUUUCGUGGACCUUCAAAUCUCAGAGCACACAUGAACCAGCAUGACGAGGAGAUGCGAUUUCAGUGUGCAAUCUGUUUCAGGAAAUUCAGAGACCGUGGAACUUACAGGCAACAUUUAAAGCGCCACCUAGGAGAGAAGAAGCAUGUUUGUGAGCAUUGUGGGAAAUCAUUUGUUAUAACGUCUGACCUCAAGAAGCAUAUUCGAACACACACUGGUGAAAAGCCAUACAGAUGUUCCAUAUGUGAUCAACAGUUCAGCGAUGGAAGUAGCCUUGUACGUCAUGAGAAAAUGCACGCAGCAAAAUUUAGGUACGAGUGCAAUGCUUGUCGACGACAAUAUUCUAGGAAGGAUUUGUGUAAGAAACAUAUCAAUAAAGCUCAUACAGACAAAGGAGAGGUUGAAAUAAAUGAAAUCAGCAUCAUUGAAGAUAUAAAACAAGUAGCUAGAGACAUAAAAACAGGCAGUAAAAGCAAUGACAUGAACAAUAUGCAGAAAGUGGUGCGGAAAAGUUCAAACAGAGAAUCAGUGCCAAACACUAGAGUAAAAAAGUUGAAAAAAUCAUGGCAAAAUUUGACAGAAGAAGCAUCUAAAAGGUACAAAGAACAGACAAUUCAAAACAUACCAGGCACUAGUCAGUAUAGAGAGUACACCCAUCCAGUUGUUCCGACAUACAAUAUUAUAGAUUACCAGUCGAUACCAACAUAUUACGGAAAUAUUAACCAGAAGUUCCCAGACCAGCAGAAACCUCUGCGACCUAGCCAUAGCGAUCAGGAAAUGAUAACCCCACAAGGACCGCUUGUGUUUCAGUCUUAUAUAAGAAAUCUUGCAGAUUCUGACAUUUAAAUAUAGAUCACAUUACUCUUGGUUAUAGUGAUUUAAAUAAUUAACCUUUAGCCUGUUGGUAGCAAGUGAUUCUGCCUUUGUGACCAGUGCAGAUCAAAAUCAGCCUGCACAUCCAUGCAGGCUGAUCUUGGUCUGCACUUGUCGCUAUUGAGUCAGUAAAUUUUCAAUGAACAUCCCUUUAAUAAUAAACUGUACUGCCCAUAUUAAAUGAUGAACCAGGCCAUUUUAGAAAUUUAGCAGGGUAAAGGUGAAGGAGGAUGUAUUUAAAAGAUUUAUUUUAACUUCUUUUUUUCUGUUUGUUACGUUAAAAGAUUGUUGAAAUAUUUAUGUCUAGGAUUUGUUUUUGUUUUUGAGACGGUUAAGAAACAUUUGCAUGUCAAAAAUCAUAAUUAGAUAAAACUUGUUGCGAUAACGUACUGUCAAUAAAAUUGAAGGAGACAACUCACAGAGGUCUUAUCAGAUCUCUUGCCCUGAGCACAAUGGAUUUAAGUUCAUCUGUGUCUGAUUAAUUUAUAUGUUGUUUCUCGUGCUAAGUUUAUGAAAUUUGUCAAAUUUUGUAGCAUACCCUUCGAAAAUUUGGCACUAUUAGAACAAGAAAUGCUAUAUUUCAUGUCGUCUGCACUCACAAAGCAUAUUUACAUGUCGGGGGGAAGUCGAAAGUGGCGUGAUGCGCAUGCGCAGUAUUUCCGUAUGGUCCCGCUAUUUAAUCUAAAGGCCCCAUGCAAAUUUUAGGUAAGCAGACAAGAUGUUUAGUAAACACUUAAUCGGGAAAUACAGAUUUGAUAAUUUAGUGCAUGAUUUUAAUACACCCUAAAACACAUUUUCAUAUCAAAAUAUCCACAUCAGUGAAAUUUAAAAAGAUAUAUUCAGGAGAGAUACGAUCAAAUCUUCAAUUCAAGAGAGGCAAUUUUACAAUUCUAUGACUUACUGUACGACUACUUUCCCUUGGUUGAAAAUAAAAGUUUAAUUCAAUGUUGAAUGUAAACUCUAUAAAGUGAUACCUCGCUGUCCAGAAACAUGGUACGUACUGUUUGACCUUAAAACAACGUGAUUUGGUGGCCCUUCGUUCGGGCCUCGAAAAAGAACUUGACCUAAUUUUAGAAGUAAACAAGUUAGCUCUUUAGUUGGGAGGAGAACCUAGCUUUGUUCAGGUGAAUUUUCAACCACUAGAUAUAACUAUUUCCAGAGUUAUUGUGAAAAAUAUUCCAAAAGUGUCCGGUUGUAGGACGCUAGCCAGUAGUACAAUAUAAGAUAAUGACUUGAAACUUAAAAUAUAUCUUUAUCAUCAUCAUCUGCAUGUGUGGUAACAAUCUCCAUAACUCUGAUUUGUAUUUUUGACCAAAUUAUGCCCCAUGCAUACUUAAAUUUUUUGACAAACUUCGUUUUCUGGACAUAACUUUGGUACUAUAUAAGAUAAUGAUUUGAAACUCAAAAUGUAUCUUUACCAUCAUCAUCUUGGUGUAUCUUCCUUUUAAAGUAGAGGUCUCUUAUUGAGACAUGAAUUCAUUUUACUGUCAAAUUGCCAAAUAGUGGAGCGCUCUGUCUUACGGACAGCUCUUGUUAUGAAGGCAUUAGCUUCUUUACAAUAUGGCCUUCAGUAUAAAGCAACAAUAAGUAAACAGAAAUAAUAUAAAUAAAAUUUUCAUAAAAACAUCAGAAUUGUUCAUUAUCCUCAGACAGACGUGUCCUUCAUGAAAUCAUACUAACUGUAAAAUGAAGUGGGUUUUUUUAGCUCAUCUGAACUUCGUUCAGGGUGAGCUAUUAGUAUAGGUGGAUAGUCCAUUGUCUAUCGUCUUGUGUCAACAUUUUUACUUAAACAUCUUCUCAUCUGAAACUACUGGUCAGAAUUACACCAAACUGGGUCAGUAGCAUCCUGGCAUCUUCAUCAAACUUGGUCUAUAGCAUCAUUAUAGGGUCUUCUCCUAAAUGGUGACUGCUAUUUCUUCUCCUGCUGGAUGGAUUUUCAACAAACUUGGUCUGUAGUAUGAGUAUAAUGUCCUCUCCUAAUUUUAUUUAAAUGGGGGCUGUUGGUCCCUUUUUGGGACCACUAGAAAAAUAGUGUAAUCAUCAUCGGGUCUUAUUUCAGAACGAUUAUUAUAUUUGAUAUUGCCCAGGCUUAAGUUACAGGAUGGCAGGGCCAUAUAGUGUAGAGAUGGUACGGUAGUGAUAUUUAUCUGGAAAAUGGGUAAACUAUACACACAUAGGAUGAAUACAGAACAACCAAAAUUCACAUAAAGGCUGAUUUCUAUUUCUAUACUUUUAAUAUUGUAUUAUUAAUAAAUAAAUAAAAUACAACAAUGGUUUAAUUUAAUGAGACUUAUUACAUAUUAUUAUACCUCACAUAAAUGUCCAAUGCAAAUUUCCCAUUAGUUUAACUUGAAUAAUAUAUCAUAUUCCCCAGUGAUUUUAUAUCACAUGCGCAAAAUCGUUAUUUUCAAUUUCUGUGCAGGUGAUAUGAUCCAUAAUUUCAUAUCCAUGCGCAACAGCGUUAUUUUGUUUUUCUGCGCAUGUGAUAUUAUUCUUUCAUAUCACCCGUUGACAGAUUGAUACUUUCGCAUUGAUUUUUUUCUUUUUUAUGCUACGUGCAAAAUAUUUCGAAAACAAUUUUUCAUCAGAUAUUGAAUCGAAACUACAACAAUAAGUUUGGAAAUGAUCUAACUAAGAAAAUGAGUACUCACACUUAUAUGUUUCAUUUAGAAAAAAAAAUGUUUUCGCCGUUUUUCGAUUGCUACUGUUUGACGCAAUGUUGAAAUAUUAGAAUAAAUAUAGGGGUCAGCGAUAUGUAAACGUCUUGACUAAAUCUAUCAAAAAAAAGUCUUAUUACAGCAAAGUCGCCACAAAUUAUGUGUGCUAAUAAGUAAAGACUGUUUAAUUCUGUCUUCAUUAUUUGGUUAGUAAUUACUUUUUAAUGUUAAAUAAAUUAUUAUGUUGAUUUUGCAGUAAAUGCUUUGAAUCUUAUAAGCUUUCGGUAUAAUAAAAUAAAUAUUGCAUUCCUGAGAAGGUGAUAUGAAAAAUGUUCACCCCUCGAAAUAUGAAUAUAGACCUCGGCUAGCGCCUCGGUCAAUAUUCAUAUAUCUCGCGGUGAACAUUUUUCAUAUCACCCUCUCAGAAAUGCAAUAUUUAUAUAAUGUCACCCUUGGUAUGAGCUUCCAUAAUGUUACUAUGUUAAUAUAGGGGGUGUACGUACGUCUAUUAAGGAAGUGUAAACUUUAAGUGGAUUUUGAGUUUUUAGCAGUGAUCUCGUUUUUGCGGAUUUAAUAACCAGAGUUUACACAUACCAAAUGUAAAUAAAUAUGUUGGCGGAUUAACUGUAUAUAUAAAUAUGUAGUAUCUUUGGCAGAUGGCGGAUCUUUGACCUAUAACACGUGACCUAGCGUCCGUGUCUGACAUGUGGAAAGCUGGUGACUGACCUGCGCUCUUACUUAUAAGUACAUGUAUUUGGGCGUUGGAAUAUACAAUCGAUAUUGUCUCGCCAUCAAACUUUCAAAGGCACCCUCAUCCAAUUGGUGAUGGUAAUGGAAUUGACUGACCAAUCAAAACGUUUUGCUAAACUAAGAACUGUCAUGGCCCUUAAAUAUUGAAAUGCCUUUAAAUGACUUCUUCUCGUGAACUAAUUGAUGGAUCUUCAUCAAACCUUGUCUGGAGCAUCAUUAUAAGGUCCUUUACCAUGUUUGUUCAAUUGGGGCCUUUUAGGGGCCACUAGAGCUAAAAUAGAAAUACCUUUAAAGUACUUCUUCUAAUGAACCACUUUUCUUCAUCAAAUUUGGUCUGUAGCAUCAUUAUAAAUUCUCAUGUCAAAUUUGUUCAAAUGGGGGGCACUCGGGGGCCCUUUUAAGGGCCAAUAAAGUUAAAAUAGACAUACCUUUAAAGUACUUCCUUCCCAGGAACCGCUUGACGGAUCUUCAUCAAACUUGGUCUGUAGCAUCAUUAUAAGGUCUUAUGCCAAAUUUGUUUAAAUCAGGGCAUGUGGGCCCUUUUACGGAUCAUUAGAAUUAGAAUAGAAACCUUUGAAUAAUUUUUUCCUGAUGGUUAUGCCUUUUUAGCUCACCUGUCACAAAGUGACAAGGUGAGCUUUUGUGAUCGCGCGGUGUCCGUCGUCCGUGCGUCCGUAAACUUUUGCUUGUGACCUCUCUAGAGGUCACAUUUUUCAUGGGAUCUUUAUGAAAAUUGGUCAGAAUGUUCAUCUUGAUGAUAUCUAGGUCAAGUUCGAAACUGGGUCACGUGCCGUCAAAAACUAGGUCAGUAGGUCUAAAAAUAGAAAAACCUUGUGACCUCUCUAGAGGCCAUAUAUUUCACAAGAUCUUCAUGAAAAUUGGUCAGAAUGUUCACCUUGAUGAUAUCUAGGUCAAGUUCGAAACUGGGUCACGUGCCAUCAAAAACUAGGUCAGUAGGUCUAAAAAUAGAAAAACCUUGUGACCUCUCAUAUAUUUCACAAGAUCUUCAUGAAAAUUGGUCAGAACGUUCACCUUGAUGAUAUGUAGGUCAAGUUCGAAACUGGGUCACAUGCCUUCAAAAUCUAGGUCAGUAGGUCAAAUAAUAGAAAAACCUUGUGACCUCUCUAAAGGCCAUAUUUUUCAUGGGAUCUGUAUGAAAGUUGGUCUGAAUGUUCAUCUUGAUGAUAUCUAGGUCAAGUUCGAAACUGGGUCAACUGCGGUCAAAAACUAGGUCAGUAGGUCUAAAAAUAGAAAAACCUUGUGACCUCUCUAGAGGCCAUAUAUUUUAUGAGAUCUUUAUGAAAAUUGGUCAGAAUGUUCACCUUGAUAAUAUCUAAGUCGAGUUUGAAACUGGGUCACGUGCCAUCAAAAACUAGGUCAGUAGGUCAAAUAAUAGAAAAACCUUGUGACCUCUCUAGAGGCCAUAUUUUUCAUGGGAUCUGUAUGAAAAUUGGUCAGAAUGUUCACCUUGAUGAUAUCUAGGUCAAG